ACGCCACCUGGGCUCAGCUGAGCUUAUACUUUGUUGGAAUGUGGGCAAAAUUAUUCGACAAGCAAAGCCAAACCAGCAAAUAUUAAUGAGCCAAAAAAGCUACGAGGGAAAAAAAAAAAAAACUAGGAUAAGUAGACCGGUUCCAUGACACAUUCCAACGGGUCCAAACUCCAUAAUACUACUCUGGGGGAACGAGAGGGAGAAAGGGCAACAAAACGAAGAGGAUUGGAAAAUGAAAAUGGCGACAGCAGCCCGAUGGCGACGAUUUACUUCAGUCUGAUUGUGUUGUCUUGUCUUGCCCACACCACUCCAUACGAUCAUAUGGGCUCUGCACACCCUUGAUUUUUGCGUCGAGUCACCCCCUUUUUCUGUUCUAGAUGCAGGCCAGGUAGCCGAUCCUCUCCCAGUAUCUCACCUUGACCACCCUCCCUCCCUUUCCAGGAAAAGCCUCCCGAUACACGAGUUUUGCGCCCAAAAAAAAAAAAAAAAAGAAAAAGCCCAUAAGCCAGACACCAUAAGCCCAGCUAUGUGCAACGUCACGAACCACACCCACGUCGAGUCUAUAAAUCACCCCACGCUAGCGAAAAACAUCCGUACCGACUCCCAAGGGCGCGCGCGCUACAGCAGCUCGAUGCACCUCCCGGCCUACGACGACGACAGGGGGAUCCUGAGGUUCCUGGGCCUCACCGACGAGAUGAUCGAGGUGGUGGUCGGCAGGCUCGGUGGCGGCGCCGGGGUCUCGGGGGCCAGGGAUAGUCCGGGCGGAUCCGAGUCGGAAGCUGGGCGUUUUGGGGCUCUGGAUGAGCUCUUGGCGAUUUAUCUCGGCAGAUCGGCAGACAUAGCGCACGGCCUGACGCCCGACCUCGCGGCGGCGUGCGGACGGAUCGAGGUCUCGCCCUUUUUCACGCGCCAGGUCCCCGGCACGUCGCCAUUCUUUGCGGACCGAAUAUUCCUGGACCACAACAAGAUACGGCACGACGCAGAUGAGCUGGUCAAAAAGAACGCCGCGAUGCUCAAGGACCUCUGGCUGCAGCAGCAGGCUUGUGAGGGUUGAUGUGGUCGUGGGGGAAAGGUGUUGGCGAUCGGGAUAUGGCCUUUUUUUUUUUUUUUUACGACUUUCCUUUGUGUUUUUUUACUAUUUUAGACCAGUACUGGAGUCUUCAGGGGCCAAAAUCUGCGCGGUUUCGCAGAGUUUGUUAAUGAGACAUGUUAUGAAUCCAACAUGCUAGAUGACCCAUACGCUUGUUUUUCGUCAAAG